AUGUUAAACAGCGAUUAUCUGCGAAGACACAAUGAAGUUGUGAAGUGCAUUCAUCUUCAUUUGUGUCGAGCCUAUGGUAUUAAAAGAGGACGGAAAUUAAAGGCUCAUUCUGUUCAGUCCAUAAUAUCGACGCAUAAUGCUGAAAUCCGAGUCGAUACGUCAAUUAUGACGGAAACAAAAGUUCAAUCCAACAAACCAGAUAUUUUCGUCCAUGACAAAACUAAACAAGAGAUAACCUUAAUCGAAGUUGGGAUCACUUUACAAGACCGCCUCAAACAUGUCGAAACCGAGAAAUUCCAUAAAUAUGAUCUGCUCGCAAACGAACUUUCGAUACUUUAUUAUGUAAAGAUAAAGAUUAUCCCGAUUGUCUUGAAGCGCGAUGGCGUUGUUUCGAGAUACUUCAAAAACUAUAUGGACAGAUUAUCGAUUGAAAAAGCUACAAGAACUUAUAUUUAG